UUGUGUUGUUAAGUAACAAUUAGCCUAGCUAGCUUAUGUUAUUAGAGGCGAAGCUUUACCCUGGUUUCUGCUGAUGUAUAGUAGUUAACUGGAUACUCGUAUGUUUCAGUGGGAGAGAACUGAAGACGUUUUCCAAGAAAUAUUUAAAAAUGGAACUAGUUCACAUUAAAGAGGAGCCAUUUGAAUGUGAAUUGGGAUCGGAAGCAGAAAAACAAUUUGAAAGUGAUUGCAGACUGGUUUCAGAUGAAAGCAAACUGCAGUACAAUGGAGUAGAAUACCAGCAAAACAAGAUGCUUGGAUUUAUAUCCAAGCCAACAGUUUCUUUUUCAAAGGAAAGUUUUCUUGAUUUAGCAGAUCAGUUGGAUGAAGAUGAUGAAAGAGGAAAUGACUGGAAGAGCAAGAUGCGCGCAAAGGAUUCAUUGCGAUCGGUCAAAAAGGGAUGCUUUGAGGAGAAGAGUCAGGUUCAGCACAAUAACUGUGGAGCUACUUUGAACACAGAUGGUAACAGUAAUGCUGACUUUAACCAGCACAAUGGCUAUGUCAAUAUUAAGGAGAAUGGUAACCUAAAGACUGACUUAAAUGCAGUCUGUUUUAAGAAGACACUUACCAGUGACAGUAACAUUAGCUUCGAAAAGAGUGUUAAAUUGAACUCUCCUGCUGAAAUUAAUUUGAUCUUGAACAGAGUCAUUACCUCUGAAAACCCAAACCCGAAACGAAACACAGACACUGACUCUGAAACUGCUGUGGAGAGUGUAGACAAUUCCAUGGUGGACAAUUUGCAAAUUAUUACAGUUCAAAUAAAAGAGGAGGAAUAUAACUAUGGAUUUGAAGGGGAAGGAGAAAUGGAGGGAGAAGAUUUAGCUGGGAACAAGAGAGAAGACAGGAAAACUAUUCUCCCCUCUGUCCCUAAAUAUGGACGAAGAGACAAGGCCUAUCCAUGUUUGGAGUGUGGUAAAGUUUUUGAUAGAUCGUAUAAUUUGAAACAGCAUAGUAGGGUCCACACAGGAGAGAAACCAUACAGCUGUUCACUCUGUCUGAAAACAUUCACCCAGUUAGGGUCUCUGAAUAAGCAUAAGCAUAGCCACAGUGGUGACAAACCAUUUCUCUGUCCCAUAUGUCUGAAGACCUUUGCCAAUGCAUAUAGUUUCAAAAGGCACCAGCAAAUCCAUUCUGGAGAGAGACAAUGCUACCUUUGCACCAUCUGUGGGAAGAGUGUCAGUACAGAGGGGAGUCUAAAAAAGCAUCAGAAGAUUCACACAGAGAAGCCAUUUUUUUGUACCUCAUGUGGGAUGAGCUUCAGCCAAUCAGAGGACCUUGAGAAACACCGACAGGAUCAUAAAGGAGGCGGGCUGUAUUACUGCCAUCAGUGCAAUAAGAGCUUCAAUCAGGAAGGUGUGAAAUCACACCUGUGCAUCUCCCACACUGGCCAAUCCCAAUGUGGAGACAGUCGGUGUAAUGAUACCUACUUGAAAGGUCACCUUAAGGAUCAAUUUGAGGAGGCAGAGAGAGGGGAGAGCAGUACGGCAAAUGAAGAACAGCAUGGAGAGACAGGAAGAAACUCACCAUCUACGGUUCUCUCUGUUAAGAUCAAAGAGGAAGAAAUGGGAAUAGAGGUUCAUUUGGAACAGGAAAAAUUGUUUGAAAUGGAAAUUUCUGAUCUGGGGGAGAGCACAAAAUGCAAAAAAACUACUCAAAUACUUGUUUCAGAUGAAUCUGGAAAGAACCUGUCUGUGGUAACUUGUCAGACUCACAAAACCACCCCCCAUCUGGCAUUGAAAUGCCAGUCACAGCAAAGUCAUUGUAAUCUCAAUUCAUCAUCUCACUGCUCUCUCUCUCCGCCCUCAGAGAAAUCUUGUGCUGAUCUCCCUUCCUCCGUAACGCUCUCUUCUUCUCACUCCUCUUCCCAUUCACCAGUGCAUGCACGUCUCUCAGUGCAAACCACUUCCCUUUCCCCUCCACCCUCUCCACCUCCCCCUCUCAAUACAGUAACGUCUUCCCUGUGCUCCCCUGCCAAAAUACAUAUGCCCCCCACACUUCCUUCCAUAAAAGCCAGUCCACUCGCUACAACUGCCCGAUCCUUCCCCCAGCCUCCAUCUCAUCCACCAAAGCCGCACCCUUGCCCAACUUGUCCAAAAACAUUCUCCUGUGUAAAAAACCUACGUAAGCACUUGAGAAUACACUCUGGGCGUGGGGUGUUUACCUGCCCCACCUGUCCACUCAGCUUCCUAGCUGAGGGAAACCUCAUUACACAUAUGAGGGUGCAUACAGGUGAACGCCCUUUCUUGUGUAAAAAUUGCCCAAAAACAUUUAUGAGGAAAUCUGACUUAAAAACCCACUCAAAACUGCACUCAGGUCAGAACCUUUUCACGUGCACUUACUGUGCUAAGUUUUACACUUCCAAUAAUGACUUGAAAAGACAUCUGCUUGUUCACACGGGGGAGAAACCAUACAGCUGCCCCAGCUGCUCCAAGAGGUUUCGACAGUGGGGUCAUGUUAAGGUCCACAUGCGUGUACACACUGGAGAGAGACCAUACUGCUGCUCACAGUGUGGAAAGAGUUUCAGCACUGGAUCCAGCCUGAAGCUGCACCAGCGCAUUCACACAGGGGAGAAGCCAUACUGCUGCACCCAGUGCAACCGGCUUUUUACCAGACUAUCCCACCUGAGAUUACACUUGCAUACGCAUACCAGAUGGGAAGGAAGGGACAAAGGGACAGUUGUAACAACACCAUCAAUGGGGAAGGAGUGAAUCACAUAUAAAACAAACUUUUAAACUGUUGUUUAAAAUGUAUUGUGCUUCUGGGGUUCAGUCCAAGAACCACAUUCCAUUUAGAAAUAUCUUUCAGUCAGCAGUUGAGUAAUGCCAGAUGAUGGCAAUGAAGCCAGUCUUUAAUCCAAUUAUUUAUUCCAGUGGAGUACAUAAGAAUGACAUUAAAGCAAGAAAACCCUAUGGAUCUCAAUAACCAUGCUGGACCAGACUUGGUAUUUGACAUAGCAUUAAACUCCUUUACAGUGUUUAUAAUAUUAUACUGUAUUGUAGUGAGGCAUACCACCUCUAUACUGUAAAGUUGUAUCAUUACUCUA